AUGAGUGGGAUCACGCGGUACUUGUCCUCCUCUGCCGGGCUUAUUUCACUCAGCACAGGGCUCUCCAGGCCCAUCGCGCUGUCUCGGAAGCGUGGGCCUUCUCGACACGGCGCCGGGCAGCCCGAGCUGCUCCUGCUCGCGCGGCCCCUCGGGCAGCCUUGUGAUGUUAAUGAUGAGAGGGCGGCAGGCCCGCUCUUGACUGUGGCAGGAGGUGGCAAUGCCAAGUGGCCCCUGGGAUGCCACCGCAGACAGGGGAUCCCAGACCAAGCAGCCAAGCCUGGUUCUGCUUCGGAGCCAAAGCACAUCUCCAAAGCCAAGCACUGGCACCUACAAGCUCUGGGAGCCCAGCUGGACCUGGAGCGCCGGGAGGUGAACCCCGGGAUGCAGCAGGCUCAGGGGAGCCUGCAAGAGCUCUCGCAGAUCCUGACUAGCUGGCCAGCAGAGGCAGGGUGGUCCCUCGACGGCUGCUGCCAGGAGCUGGGCAAGGUCGGCAAGCGCCAGCUGUGCCAGCGCUGCGACGCGGCGGACCCGCGGCGCCACCACAACGCCUCCUACCUCACCGACUUCCACAGCCAGGACGACAGCACCUGGUGGCAGAGCCCGUCCAUGGCCUUCGGGGUGCAGUACCCCACCUCGGUCAACAUCACUCUGCGCCUGGGGAAAGCUUACGAGAUCACCUACGUGCGGCUCAAGUUCCACACCAGCCGCCCCGAGAGCUUCGCCAUCUACAAGCGCAGCCGAGCGGGUGGCCCCUGGGAGCCCUACCAGUACUACAGCGCCUCCUGCUGGAAGACCUAUGGCAGGCCCGAGGGCCACUACCUGAGGCCAGGCCAGGACGAGCGCGUGGCCUUCUGCACCUCCGAGUUUAGCGACAUCUCCCCGCUGAGCGGGGGCAACGUGGCCUUCUCCACCCUAGAGGGCCGGCCCAGCGCCUACAACUUCGAGGAGAGCCCGGUGCUGCAGGAGUGGGUCACCAGCACCGAGCUCCUCAUCUCCCUAGACCGGCUCAACACGUUUGGGGACGACAUCUUCAAGGACCCCAAGGUGCUGCAGUCCUACUACUAUGCUGUGUCUGACUUCUCCGUGGGCGGCAGGUGCAAGUGUAACGGGCACGCCAGCGAGUGUGGCCCGGACGUGGCCGGCCAACUGGUCUGCCGGUGCCAGCACAACACCACGGGUACCGACUGCGAGCGCUGCCUGCCCUUCUUCCAGGACCGCCCGUGGGCGCGGGGCACGGCCGAGGCCGCCAACGAGUGUCUGCCUUGCAACUGUAGUGGCCACUCUGAGCGGUGCGUGUUCGACCAGGAGCUCUUCCGCAGCACGGGCCACGGCGGGCGCUGCCUCCGCUGCCGCGACCACACGGCUGGGCCGCACUGCCAGCACUGCCAGGAGAACUUCUAUCGCUGGAACCCCUGGAAGCCCUGCCAGCCCUGCGACUGCCACCCGGCAGGCUCCCUGCGCCUGCAGUGUGAUGACUCAGGCACCUGCAGCUGCAAGGCCACCGUGACGGGCUGGAAGUGUGACCGCUGCCUGCCCGGGUUCCACUCGCUCAGUGAGGGAGGCUGCAGACCCUGCACCUGCAAUCCCGCUGGCAGCCUGGGCACCUGUGACCCCCACAGUGGGCGCUGCCCCUGCAAAGAGAAUGUGGAAGGCAGCCUGUGUGACAGAUGCCGCCCAGGGACCUUCAACCUGCAGCCCCACAACCCCGGCGGCUGCAGCAGCUGCUUCUGCUACGGCCACUCCAAGGUGUGCGCGGCCGCUGCCGGGUUCCGGGGGCACCGCAUCCUCUCCGACUUCCGCCAUGGAGCAGACGGCUGGCGGGCCCGCAGCAUGGGGAGUGCAGAGCAUCCCGCACGAUGGGGCCCCAGGGGGCUGCCCCUGAACCCAGACGACCACGAGGAGCUCACAGCCCCAGAGAAGUUCCUGGGUGACCAGCGGUUCAGCUAUGGGCAGCCCCUCACACUGACCUUCUGGGCCCCCCCUGGGGGCUCCCCGUUCCCUGUGCAGCUGAGGCUGGAGGGGGCUGGCCUGGCCCUGACUCUGCCACACUCCCACCUGUCGGGUCCCCAGGACGCCGGGCAGCCUGGGGAGGUGCAGCUCGAGUUCCAGCUGCAGGAGACCUCUGAGGACGCGGACCCCCCGCUGCCCCCCUUCCACUUCCAGCGGCUGCUCUCCAACCUGACCGCUCUGCGCAUCUGGACCAGCCCAGGCCCUUCUGGCCAAGUGUUCCUGACUGAGGUGCAGCUCACGUCUGCCCAGCGGGGUCUUUCCCCCCCAGCCUCCUGGGUGGAGACUUGCUCCUGUCCCAAGGGAUACGUGGGCCAGUUCUGUGAAUCCUGUGCUCCAGGAUAUAAGAGGGAGACACCCCUGGGGGGUCCCUACGCCAACUGCGUCCCCUGCACCUGUAACCAGCAUGGCACCUGUGACCCGAACACGGGGAUCUGUCUAUGCAGCCACCACACGGAGGGCCCAUCCUGUGAGCGCUGCUUGCCAGGUUUCUACGGCAACCCCUUUGCAGGCCGAGCCGACGACUGCCAGCCUUGUCCGUGCCCUGGACAGUCGUCGUGCACGACCAUCCCAGGGAGCGGAGAGGUGGUGUGUACCCACUGUCCCCCAGGCCAGAGAGGGCGGCGCUGCGAGAUCUGUGACGAUGGCUUCUUUGGGGACCCGCUGGGGCUCUCUGGAGACUGCCAGCCCUGUCGGCCGUGCCAGUGCAGCGGGAACGUGGACCCCAACGCCGUGGGCAACUGUGACCCCCUGUCCGGCCACUGCCUGCGGUGCCUGUACAACACGACAGGUGCCCGCUGUGAGCGCUGCCAGGAAGGCUUCUACGGGAGGGCGCUGGCCCUGCGGCCCGCGGACAAGUGUGCCCCCUGCAGCUGCAACCCAGGGGGCUCAGUCAGUGAGCAGAGAGCCUGCGACCCAGUGACCGGCCAGUGCUCCUGCCUGCCUCAUGUAACCGGACGGGACUGCGGCCGCUGCAGCCCAGGCUUCUACGACCUCCAGCCCGGGAAGGGCUGCCGGAGCUGUGAGUGCCACCCACUGGGCUCCCAGGAGAACCACUGCCACCCGGAGACUGGGCAGUGCCCCUGCCGCCCAGGUGUCGAGGGCCAGACCUGUGACAGAUGCCAGCUGGGUUUCUUUGGCUUCUCCAUCAAAGGCUGCCGGGCCUGCAGGUGCUCCCCACUGGGCUCUGCCUCGCCCCAGUGCCACGAGAACAGCACGUGCGUGUGCAGGCCCGGCUUCACAGGCUACAAGUGUGACCGCUGCCAGGACAACUUCUUCCUCACGGCUGACAGUGCACAGUGCCAGGAGUGCCCCUCCUGCUACACCCUGGUGAAGGAGGAGGCUGCCAAGCUGAAGGCCAUGCUGACCCUGAUGGAGGGGUGGCUACAGGGUUCUGACUGUGGAAGGCCCUGGGAACCGAUGGACAUUCUGCAGGGAGAGGCUCCUCGGGGGGACACCUACCAGGGCCACCACCAGCUGCAAGGGUUCCGGGAAGCCUUCCUGGUGCAGGUGACAGGCCUCCAGGGUGCUGUGAAGGCUGCCCGGGAGCAGCUGCAGGCGCUGAGCGGGAGUGCCCGCUGUGCCCAGGCCGGAGCCGACAAGACCUGUAUCCAGCUGGCAGACCUGGAAGCGACACUGGAGUCCUCAGAGGAGGAGAUUCUGCACGUAGCCGCUGUCCUGGCAUCUCUGGUGAUUCCUCAGGAAGUCCCCAGCCGGCCCGCCAACUGGAGCCGCCUGGCCACGGAGGCCCGAGCCCUCGCCAGGAGCCACAAGGACACGGCCGCCAAGAUCAAGGCCAAUGCUCAGAGGGCUCUGCUCGCCUCCAACACCAGUUACACGCUUCUCUGGAGUCUGGUGGAAGGAAGCGUGGCCCUGGAGGCCCAGCAGGAGCUGGAGGACAGGUACCAGGAGGUCCAGGCAGCCCAGAAGGCACUGGGCACCGCCGUGGCAGAGGCGCUGCCCAAAGCAGAGAGGGUGCUGGCCGCCCUGCAGCACGUUGGCACAGGUGCCGCCCUGCACCUGACCUCACUGGCUGCCCCUGCAGCACUGCCUCAGAAUUCCCGGGCCAGGGAUCUGAACCUGAAGGUGCAGGCCCUGGAGAAGACGGUGACAUCCAGGGAGCGCGUGAUCACUGAGGCUGCCCGGGCCCUCCAGGCGACUGCCCGCGCCGCACUGCACAAGACAGAGCCCCUCACACAGCUGCAGCAUGAGGCCAGAGCCGCGCUCACCCGGGCUUCCUCGUCUGUCCAGGCUGCCACAGUGACCGUCAUGGGAGCCAGGACCCUGCUGGCUGACCUGGAAGGGAUGAAGCUGCAGUUUCCUCGGCCCGGGGACCAGGCUGUGCUGAGGAGGAGGGCAGGCGUCGUCCGGGGCCGGCUCCUCGAGGAUGCGAGAAAGAAGACCAAGCAGGCGGAGAGGAUGCUGGGAAACGCAGGACCUGUCUCCUCCAGUGCUAAGAAGAGGGGCAAGGAAGCCGAGCUGUUGGCCAGGAGCAGUGCCAAGCUCGCCAAGGCCUUGCUGCGGGAGGGGCAGCAGGAUCGCCGCCGUGCCAGCCGGCUGUCCAGCCAGACGCGGGCGACGCUCCGACAGGCCGCCCGGCAGGUGCUAGUCUCAGGAGCGCGGAGGCAGGAGCUGGAGGAAGCUGAGCGGGUGGGUGCCGGGCUGAGCCAGAUGAAGCAGCAGCUCCGGGAAUCACGCACCUCCCUGGAGAGGGACGUCAAGGCCUUGUCUGAGCUGCUUGCCAGGCUGGAGUCACUGGACACCCAUCGAGCCCCUGCCCAGGCCCUGAAUGAGACCCAGCAGGCACUGGAGCGCCUGAGGCUGCGGCUGGGCCCUCCCGGGUCCCUGCAGGGGAAACUGAGGCUGUUGGAGCAGGAAUCUGAGCAGCAGGAGCUACAGAUCCAGAGCUUUGAGAGUGACCUUGCUGAAGUCCGUGCUGACAAGCAGAACUUGGAGGCCAUUCUACAGAGUCUGCCCGAGAGCUGUGCCAGCUGGCAGUGA